AUGGCGCUGGGGCUACAGCGCGCAAGGUCGAGCACGGAGCUGCGCAAGGAGAAGUCCCGGGAUGCGGCCCGCAGCCGGCGCAGCCAGGAGACCGAGGUGCUGUACCAGCUGGCGCACACGCUGCCCUUCGCUCGCGGGGUCAGCGCCCACCUGGACAAGGCCUCCAUCAUGCGCCUCACCAUCAGCUACCUGCGCAUGCACCGCCUCUGCGCCGCAGGGGAGUGGAACCAGGUGGGAGCAGGGGGCGAAGCUCUGGAUGCCUGCUACCUGAAAGCCCUGGAGGGCUUCGUCAUGGUGCUCACUGCCGAGGGAGACAUGGCUUACCUGUCGGAGAAUGUCAGCAAACACCUGGGCCUCAGUCAGCUUGAGCUCAUCGGACACAGUAUCUUUGAUUUCAUCCAUCCCUGUGACCAAGAGGAGCUCCAGGACGCCCUGACCCCCCAGCAGAGCCUGUCCAAAAAGAAGCCGGAGGCUCCCACCGAGCGGUGCUUCUCCUUGCGCAUGAAGAGCACCCUCACCAGCCGCGGGCGCACCCUCAACCUCAAGGCGGCCACCUGGAAGGUGCUGCACUGCUCUGGACACAUGAGGGCCUACAAGCCCCCUGCACAGACUUCCCCAGCAGGGAGCCCCAACUUGGAGCCCCCCCUGCAAUGCCUGGUGCUCAUCUGUGAAGCCAUCCCCCACCCGGGCAGCCUGGAGCCCCCACUAGGCCGGGGGGCCUUCCUCAGCCGCCACAGCCUGGACAUGAAGUUCACCUACUGUGAUGAGAGGAUCGCGGAGGUCGCUGGCUACAGCCCUGAUGAUCUGAUCGGCUGCUCCGCCUACGAGUACAUUCACGCUCUGGACUCGGACGCUGUUGGCCAGAGCAUCCACACCCUGCUGAGCAAGGGCCAGGCAGUAACGGGGCAGUAUCGCUUCCUGGCCCGGAGUGGUGGCUAUCUGUGGACCCAGACUCAGGCCACAGUGGUGUCAGGGGGCCGGGGUCCCCAGUCUGAGAGUAUCGUCUGCGUCCACUUCCUGAUCAGCCGGGUGGAGGAGACCGGAGUGGUGCUGUCCCUGGAGCAAACGGAGAGACACUCUCGCAGACCCGUUCAGAGGGGCACCCCUUCCCAGAAGGAUGCCCCUAAUUCCGGGGACAGCUUUGAUGCCUCUGGUCCCCGGAUCCUGGCCUUCCUGCACCCCCCUGCCCUGAGCGAGGCCACCCUGGCCGCUGACCCCCGCCGCUUCUGCAGCCCUGACCUGCGUCGCCUCCUGGCACCUAUCCUGGAUGGGACUUCAGGAGCCGCCACCCCCAGCGCACCCCCAGCCACACGGCGCCCCCAAAGUCCUCUUCCAGCCGAUCUCCCAGAUGAACCACCCGUGAACAUGGAGAAUACACACAAACUCUUGGCCUCGGGGAAAGACCUUGAGGCUGUGGAGACAGAUCUAGAUAUAGCUCAGGACGUCGAUGCUCUGGAUCUGGAGAUGCUGGCCCCCUACAUCUCCAUGGAUGAUGACUUCCAGCUCAACUCCAGCGAGCAGCUACCCAGGGCCUUCCACAGACCUCCAGGCGCUGUCCCCCGGCCCCGUGCUCGGAGCUUCCAUGGCCUGUCGCCCCCAACCCCUGAGCCCUCCCUGCUGCCCCGCUGGGGGAGUGACCCCCGGCUGAGCUGCUCCAGCCCUUCCAGAGGGGACCCCUUGGCACCCUCCCCCAUGGCUGGGGCUCGGAAGAGGACCCUGGCUCAGAGCUCAGAGGACGAAGCCGAGGGGGUGGAGCUGCUGGGAGUGAGACCCCCCAAACGGUCCCCCAGCCCAGAGCCCGAAAAUUUCCUGCUGCCUCCCCUCAGCCUGAGCUUCCUUCUGACAGGAGGGCCAGCCCCAGGGAGCCAGCAGGAUGCCAGCACCCACCUCCUGGAACUGAAUGAGCCCCUGCGCUUGGGCCCCUCGCUGCUCUCUCUCUACCCGGAUGAGGACACCGCUGAGCCCAGGAGCCACUUCCAGCCAGCAGCAGGCUUGGCCCAGGCCAACUGAGCCAGCCCCCCUUCCCUUCUACUCCCCAGAAAGGACCUCAACCACACUCCACGCCGGCAGCCAACGCACAGGAUGGGGGUACCAGGAGAGGGGUUCCCUCUCUCCUCUCAGCGGCCCCCCCCGCCCACCUUGGGCCUACCUCAGCCCUCACCCCUCUGCCCCCCACGUCUGGGGGCUCUUUGGGGUGGUCUCAGCUCAGUGACCUCUGGGAGGGGGGCCCCUGGAGCCCUCCUCCUCCUUCUCUCAGGACUUCCCUUGGGGUUCUCAAUACUGGUGACCUCAUCCCUUUCUCCAACU